AUGAGUCCCACCAGCAAAAAAAAACAUAAAAAUCCCGCCCCUAUAUCCCGAAGUCACCCGCCCAUCAUACUCUCCACACUAUGCUCUAUAUUACUAUUAAAUUUGACACCUCUAACACAAGCUAACCUAACUGCCGCAACAUCCCUACUGGCUGUGGCCACAGCUCCCAAUCUGAUAGGCCACACUGGUAGCGGAGCAAGCCUGACCUCCACCAACAACACCCGUCACAUACAAAUACCCUUGGAACCGAUAAAUGGCACCAGCAAUUUCCGUAUCUAUGGCGGUAAAAAAGGCAAAGAGGAUAAACAUUGGUUGGAUGGACGUGGUCUGAGUAUGCAACAUGUCCAGUGUGUACGCAAAGGAAAUUGUGAAAAAUUACAAUUUUCAACAUGUCUGGGUGUUAAGCUGCCAUACAGCUAUACGAGUUUAGAUUUAACCAUAUCACAUAGUCAAAAGGAUAUACAGGAGAGGCUGAAGAAUAUGAUGGCGUUGAAGCAUGUGCCCAAAUGUUGGGCUGUGAUACAGCCCUUUAUAUGUGCAGUGCUUGCCCCGAAAUGUGAAAACAUCAAUGGCGAAGAUAUGGUCUAUUUGCCCUCUCUGGAAAUGUGCCGCCUCACAUUGGAGCCAUGUCGCAUUCUCUACAACACCUCCUAUUUUCCCGAAUAUUUGAAAUGUAAUGAAACCCAUUUUCCAUCGAAAUGUAAUAACGAUGUACGUGAAAUGAAAUUUAAUUUAACGGGACAAUGUUUGGAUCCUUUGGUGCCAGCGGAAUCAAGUGUUAGUUAUCAUCCCGGUGUUGAAGGAUGUGGGGUGAGAUGUAAAGACCCGCUGUAUACGGAUGGAGAACAUCGACAAAUACAAAAGCUGAUUGGAUGGGGUGCCACAUUAUGUUUCCUAUGCAAUCUCUUUGUCGUGGCCACAUUUAUGAUCGAUUGGGAAAAUGCUAGCAAAUAUCCGGCACUGAUUGUUUUCUACAUUAAUAUGUGCUUCAUGAUUGCUUGUUUGGGCUGGCUCGCCCAAUUCACCCCAGGAUCCCGCGAGGACAUUGUCUGCCGUAAGGAUGGCACAUUGCGACAUUCUGAACCCACUGCCGGGGAAAAUCUCUCCUGUGUUGUAGUCUUUGUUAUUGUCUAUUACUUCCUCAUAGCAGCUAUGGUAUGGUUUGUCUUUCUCACCUAUGCCUGGCAUUUGAGAGCCGUGGGUAACGUUCAAGAUCGCAUCGAUAAAAAAGGAUCCUAUUUCCAUUUAAUUGCCUGGUCUCUACCCUUGGUGUUGACCAUUACCACCUUGGCUCUCAGCGAAGUGGAUGGCAACAGCAUUGUGGGUAUUUGUUUUGUCGGAUAUCGUAAUCAUCCAAUACGUUCGGGAUUGUUGUUGGGUCCCCUUUGUGGAGUGAUUUUGGUUGGUGGAUAUUUCAUCAUACGUGGCAUGAUCAUGCUGUUUGGUUUGAAACAUUUUGCCAAUGACAUCAAAUCGACAUCGGCCAGUAAUAAAAUCCAUUUGAUUAUUGUAAGGAUGAGUGUGUGUGCGCUGUUUACGUUGCUGUUUAUUUUGGUCUCCAUUGCGUGUCAUGUGAAUGAGUUCCGGAACUCGAUGGAUUGGGCGGAAAGUUUGAGGGAGUAUGUGAAUUGCACAAUCUUCGGUCGUUUCAAUAAUGAGUACGUUCAAUGCAAAUUGGCCCAGAGACCCAGUGUUUCGGUAUUGCAAUUACAUUUGCUGUGCCUCUUUGGUGCGGGCAUUGUCAUGUCCACUUGGUGUUGGACACCCAGCUCUCUGGAAACCUGGAAGCGAUAUAUCAGAAAAAAGUGCGGGAAAGAUGUGGCCGAGGAGGUGAAAAUGCCCAAACACAAAGUCAUUGCCCAGACAUGGGCUAAACGUAAAGAAUUCGAAGAUAAGGGGAGGCUCUCUAUAACCCUAUGCAAUACCCAUACAGAUCCGGUAGGUUUAAAUUUUGAUGUCAACGAUUUAAAUUCCUCGGAAACAAAUGACAUUAGCUCUACAUGGGCAAAUUAUCUACCACAGUUUGUAAAAAGAAGAAUGGCCCUGACGGGAGCCACUGCUGCCGCCGGCAAUCAUCAUCAUGGAGGUCCAUCAGUGGGUGGGCAUCAUCAUAAUCGUAAGAACUCCUUAGAUUCGGAAAUAAGUUUUAGUGUACGUCAUGUUUCGGUGGAAUCAAGACGUAACUCUGUCGAUUCUCAGGUCUCGGUGAAGAUUCAAGAAAUGAAAACCAAGGUGGCGAGAUCACGGGGCGGAAGACAUCAUCAUGGGAAACACUCCACAGCUGGUAAACGUUAUCAAAAGGCCAGAGAUUUUAAUGCCACGGGCAGGAGACAUAAUGGAGGAAGGCGAGAAAGUAGUACCUCCAUCGAGUCACAAAUUAUUGCCCUGCAAAAAACCACCUAUCCCAAUUCUCAUCACAAAUUGGGGUUGUUUGCCCAAAGUACCAAAAAUCAUGGAGGUGGAAAGAGAAGAUCUGGUCACAAUACCCUCGAUCCAAAUGAUAUAACGGAAUUUUUGGCCCGUAAUGGUCAAUUGAUUUUGCCAUUUUUACAAAAUCAGGGUAUGACCACAUCCUCCGAUGAAGAUGAAAAUUCCAAGGGGUCGCUAAAGAUACAGGGAUCGCGUUUAGAUGUGGUGCUCAAACAAGAUUUAAGUGAUGAUAAUUCCGAUGAAGAUUACGCCCUGCAUAAUCACAAUGGGCCACAAAUUGAGGAGAUACACGAUCACGAUGAUGAGGAGGACGAGGAGGAUAACAAUCUCCAUGGAAGCAAUAAAACCAAACGCCAUUCCUCAGCCUAUGAGGAAUUGCUGAAGCAGACACAAAAGUCACAUGAUUCCAAUCACAACAACCCCACCCACAAACAUUCUCGAAACUCCACACAACAAUCGAGGCACUCCCGCAAAUCCCAAGCCCUUAACAAUUCCCAACACAAACGUUCCCUUAAGCGUAAUCAAAACGGCACAACAACGACGACGAAUUCAAAUCGUCGCAAAUCAACCAAUUCGAAAAUUUUCGAAAUGGAUUCCCUCAACACUUCGGAUUUAAAUCUGCAAUUAAAACGUGAGCUAACAUUCGGCAGUCAUCGUGGUGAUGAUGACGACGAUGAUACGGCCAGUGAUGAUGAUUCAUUUUCCUCUGUCGAUUUGGAUUUACCGCUAAAUGUUUUCCUACAAAAUUCCCUAUCGGGUCAGAGUAAAACUAGCUGUGAUGUUGGCAUUCAGGCUGAUGUUUUUGAUAUAUCCAAUCGUACAUCGGGCGAUGAAGAUGAUUUGAAAAAGUGCCUAAGGCAGUUGAAUCACAAUAACAAUAAUAAUCAUCAUCAGCAGCAACAUCAGAGGAGGAGGACACGUUACGAAGAGGAUGCCUAUGAAAUGCAAUCACUGGUGGAUAAACAUAAAAAUACACCGCUCAUUAUGAGCGAGGCGGAGAAAUUGAAAAUGUUGCUGUUACCCUCGAAGUAA